AUGCACAUCUCAGAGAAGCUCGCCGAGGCCCAAAAGGCCGGCAAGCCCUCCUACUCCUUCGAGUUCUUCCCGCCAAAAACAGCGCAAGGCGUGCAGAACCUCUAUGACCGCAUGGACCGCAUGCACGGCUUUGGCCCGUCCUUCAUCGAUGUCACCUGGGGCGCUGGCGGCCGCCAUUCGCAGUUAACCUGCGAGAUGGUCAAGACUGCUCAGUCCGCCUACGGUCUGGAGACAUGCAUGCAUCUUACAUGCACGGAUAUGGACAAGUCAAAGAUCGACGAUGCACUGCGGGAAGCCUACAACGCUGGCUGUACCAACAUCCUGGCAUUGCGAGGAGAUCCUCCGAGGGAGCGCGAGAAGUGGGAAGCCAAGGCCGGUGGGUUCAGGUAUGCAAAGGACCUGGUCAAGUACAUCAAAGAGAAAUACGGGAAUCACUUCGACAUUGGCGUUGCUGGCUACUCCGAAGGCUGUGAGGACCAGGAAGACGCGGACCUCCUAAUUGACCAUCUCAAAGAGAAGGUCGAUGCAGGCGGCACCUUCGUCAUCACCCAAAUGUUCUACGACGUGGACAUUUUUCUAGACUGGGUGAAGAAGUGUCGUGCUAAGGGCAUUACCGUUCCAAUCAUUCCUGGUAUCAUGCCAAUCCACACAUACGCUGCCUUUCUGCGACGCGCGCACUGGACCAAAUGUCAUGUACCUGAAGAAUGGACCAAAGCAUUGGAGCCGGUCAAGAAUGAUGACGCCGAAGUGCGCGAAGUCGGCAAAGACUUGGUCGCAAAAAUGUGCCGCCGGCUGCUUGACGCUGGCAUCAUCCACUUGCACUUCUACACCAUGAACCUGGCUCAAGCGACUCGUAUGGUUCUCGAAGAGCUUGGAAUUACUCCAGAUCUCGAGAGCCCCCUGGACAAGCCGCUGCCGUGGAGACAGUCACUCGGUCUCAAUCGUCGGGACGAGAACGUUCGACCUAUCUUCUGGCGGAACCGAAACCGGUCGUACGUUGCGCGCACUCAGGACUGGGACGAGUUUCCAAACGGGCGCUGGGGUGACUCGCGCUCUCCAGCGUUUGGCGAACUUGAUGCCUACGGUAUUGGCCUGAAGGGCACCAACGAGCAGAACGUGAAGCUCUGGGGCCAGCCACGGUCCGUCAAGGACAUUGCCAACCUCUUCGUCAGGUACAUGCAGGGCAAGCUUGAAAGCCUGCCUUGGAGCGAGGCGCCGAUCUCGAGCGAAGCCGAUGUCAUCAAGGAUAACCUGAUCGAUCUCAACCAGCGGGGUCUGCUGACUAUUAACUCUCAGCCAGCCGUGGAUGGCGCGAAGUCUUCUGAUCCGGUCUACGGUUGGGGCCCGCGGAACGGCUAUGUUUACCAGAAGGCCUAUCUUGAGGUUCUCGUCUCACCCGAGGUCAUUGCCGAGCUCAUCACCCGCAUCGAACGGAACCCUGACCUGACCUACUAUGCGGUCAACAAGCAAGGUGAUCUGAAAACAAAUGCGCCUGGCGACGGCCCCAAUGCAGUCACCUGGGGUGUAUUUCCCGGUAAGGAGAUUGUCCAGCCGACCAUUGUGGAGACUAUCAGCUUCCUUGCCUGGAAGGAUGAGUUCUUUCGGCUUGGACAUGACUGGGCGAGCUGCUACUCCGCGGCCAAUCCGUCUCGUUAUGUGAUCCGAGACUUGAUGGACAACUGGUACUUAGUGAACAUCGUCCAUAAUGAUUUCCAUGAGCGGCAUGGCAUCUUCCCGCUCUUCGAAGGUUUGGAGAUCAAAGACAUGGAGAAGCCGCUUCACGUGAAUGGUGAAGUGGCUACGAACGGCGAUGCCCCGGAAUCCAAGCCGGCGACGAACGGCGACAGAACCGCCGAACCUAAGCCAUCCACCAACGGCACCAAGGAAGAGGAGAAGCCAGCCGUCGAUGACGGCACCGAAGGCUGGGCCAAACCAGCCAAAAAGAGCAAUGCGCCAUUGCCACAGACUUUCCCCGUCCCGCCCUAG